CCGGGUGCUGCGUUGGCUUUGGCCUGGCACGAAAGGGGCGGCCCCGGCGGAGAGCAGACCCAGUAGCCCGAGCGAUUAUGGACCCGGCAGAGGCGGUGCUGCAGGAGAAAGCGCUCAAGUUUAUGGCUGCAGUUCCGGCUGGUGGAUAUUGGAGGAAUAAUAAAAAGUGCUCUAUGCCCAGGUCUCUGUGGCUGGGCUGCUCCAGCCUGGCGGACAGCAUGCCUUCGCUGCGAUGCCUGUAUAACCCAGGGACUGGCGCACUCACAGCUUUCCAGAAUUCCUCAGAGAGAGAAGACUGUAAUAAUGGCGAACCCCCUAGGAAGAUAAUACCAGAGAAGAAUUCACUUAGACAGACUUACAACAGCUGUGCCAGGCUCUGCAUAAACCAAGAGACAGUAUGUCUGACAAGCACUGCUAUGAAGACUGAAAACUGUGUGGCCAAAACAAAACUUGCCAAUGGCACUUCCAGUAUGAUUGUGCCCAAGCAGCGGAAGCUCUCAGCAAGCUAUGAGAAGGAAAAGGAACUGUGUGUCAAGUAUUUUGAGCAGUGGUCAGAGUCUGAUCAAGUGGAAUUUGUAGAGCACCUUAUAUCCCAAAUGUGUCAUUACCAGCAUGGGCACAUCAACUCCUAUCUAAAACCUAUGCUGCAGAGGGAUUUCAUAACUGCUCUGCCAGCACGGGGUCUGGACCAUAUUGCUGAGAACAUUCUGUCAUACUUGGACGCCAAAUCACUGUGUGCUGCUGAGCUUGUGUGCAAGGAGUGGUACCGCGUGACGUCAGACGGCAUGCUGUGGAAGAAGCUCAUCGAGAGAAUGGUCAGGACAGACUCUCUGUGGAGAGGCCUGGCAGAGCGCAGAGGGUGGGGACAGUACCUAUUCAAAAACAAACCUCCUGAUGAGAAUGCUCCUCCCAACUCCUUUUAUAGAGCACUUUAUCCUAAAAUUAUACAAGAUAUUGAGACAAUAGAAUCAAACUGGAGAUGUGGACGACACAGUUUACAGAGAAUCCACUGCCGCAGUGAAACAAGCAAAGGGGUGUACUGUCUACAAUAUGAUGACCAGAAAAUAGUAAGCGGCCUUCGAGACAACACGAUCAAGAUCUGGGAUAAAAGCACAUUGGAAUGCAAGCGAAUCCUCACAGGCCACACAGGCUCUGUCCUGUGUCUCCAGUAUGAUGAGAGAGUGAUCAUAACUGGAUCAUCGGAUUCCACUGUCAGAGUGUGGGACGUAAAUGCAGGUGAGAUGCUAAACACAUUGAUUCACCACUGUGAGGCAGUUCUGCACUUGCGCUUCAAUAAUGGCAUGAUGGUAACAUGCUCCAAAGAUCGUUCCAUUGCUGUAUGGGAUAUGGCCUCCCCAACUGACAUCACCCUAAGGAGGGUGCUGGUGGGACACCGAGCUGCGGUCAAUGUUGUAGACUUUGAUGACAAGUACAUCGUUUCCGCAUCUGGGGAUAGAACCAUAAAGGUAUGGAACACAAGUACUUGUGAAUUUGUAAGGACCCUGAAUGGACACAAACGCGGAAUCGCCUGUUUGCAGUACAGAGACAGGCUGGUGGUGAGUGGCUCAUCCGACAACACCAUCAGAUUGUGGGACAUAGAGUGCGGUGCGUGCCUGCGCGUGUUAGAAGGCCAUGAGGAGCUGGUGCGCUGCAUUCGAUUCGAUAACAAAAGGAUAGUGAGCGGGGCAUAUGAUGGAAAAAUUAAAGUAUGGGAUCUUAUGGCUGCUUUGGACCCCCGUGCUCCUGCAGGGACUCUUUGUCUACGGACGCUUGUGGAGCAUUCUGGAAGAGUUUUCCGACUCCAGUUUGAUGAAUUCCAGAUUGUCAGUAGUUCGCAUGAUGACACAAUCCUCAUCUGGGACUUCCUAAAUGAUCCAGCUGCUCAUGCUGAACCACCCCGCUCCCCUUCUCGGACAUACACCUACAUCUCCAGAUAAAUAACCCAACACUGACCUCAUACUUGCCCGGGACUCGUUAAUGUCGCAGUAUUUAACAUACCUGCCAAGACCAGGGUGAACAACAAUCACACUCCUACCCGGAUUCCCCGGAUAGAUCAGCGAGGAGCAGGGCUUUGAGACUCCUGUUGGGACACAGUCGGUCAGCAGCUGACCAGGAUGGUCUGCUCGGCACACCCGGCUGCUUCAGUGCUGCUAUCAGAAGAUGUCUUUAUCUUGUGUGAAUGAUUGGAACUUUUAAGCCUCCCUUCCUGUUCCCUCCCCUUCCCCUCUGCACCUGUUUCUCUCCCAUUGGGUUCCAGACAAAGAUGACUUAUAAAUAUAUUUAGUGUUUUGCCAGAA